AUGUUAAUGCUUUUAACUGAACCAUUUAUUGAUAAUAGUAGAUGGAUUUUUUCUCAAUCAGUUCGUAUAAAUUUUAUGCAUAGAAUAUUUACAAAUCGAAUAUGGUUUUUUUCUUUUUUACAAAAAUCAUCAAAUAUAAGUGCAGAAUAUAAAGCACUUGAAGAAAUUAUACGAUUACAUUAUCCUCCAUUUUAUUUACCUGAAAAAUCAAAUAAAAUACAAUUAAAUCAAUUUCGUUUAAUAGCUAAAAAAAUAUUUAAAACUUUAUAUCCACAACGUAAUAUACAAACAUGUAAAAUACAACCAAUUACAUUUGAAUAUAAUGAACGAACAGUACUUUCAUAUUCAAUACGUGAUGGUAAUAUGUAUGAUUGGAGAAAUCAUGAUCAAAAAUUUCUUCUUUAUAUACAUGGUGGUGGUUUUGUUUAUGGAGAUAUUGAACUUUAUUCAGGUUAUGAAUGUUAUCUAUCUCGUAAAUAUCAUAUGCCUGUUAUACAUAUUGAAUAUAAACUUUCUCCAGAAUAUCCUGUAUUUCAUAUUCUUGAUGAUAUUAUUACUGUCUACAUGUCAUUAUUAAAAUUUGAUCCUAAUAUUCAUCAACGUAUGAUUGGUAUGGGUGAUUCUUCAGGUGGUUUACUUUGGCUUCGUCUUAUUCAGAUAAUGGUUGAACAAAAACAAUCUGUUCCACUUGCACUUAUUUUAUUAUCACCAUGGAUUGAUAUAAGUUUUAUGGAUAUUGAACAUGAUGAUGAAACAGAACAAAAUCGUGUUUUAUUUUCACUUCAAUUAUUAUUUAAUUUACGAGAACAAAUAUUUAUGAUUGAUCAAGAUCUAACUGGAUUUGAUUAUUAUGAAGAAUAUAAUCAACAAUUAAAUAAUAUAAAUCCAAAAGAAUAUUCAUUUAAAGGUUUUCCUCCACUUUAUGUAAGUGUAGGUACGAAUGAAUUAUUUUUAUGGGAUGCAACAAUAUUAAAAAAGAAAAUUCUUGAAAAUAAUGGUCAAAUAAUAUUAGAAGAAGGUUAUGGUUUAAUGCAUACAUAUCCAAUGUUUCAUUUAUGGUCACCAGAAGCAGAAUGUACACAAAAUAAUAUACGAAUAUUUAUUGAACAAUUUUAA